AUGAGCAAUGUCGGGCAGCAGUUGGCGUCAGGUGCUCUGUCUGGUUUGGCAACGACAGUAUGCCUACAGCCAUUCGACUUGUUGAAAACGCGCAUGCAGCAGGGAGGAGAGCAGGCCUUGAAUUUGAAGCGCUCGAGCCAUAAUCCUUCCCUUAUUCUCGUUGUUGCUCGCAACGUCAUUCGAACCGAAGGCUGGAAGGGACUCUGGGGAGGCACAACACCGUCAUUAAUUAGAAACGUACCUGGUGUAGCGUUAUACAUGACGGGUGUAACCCAGCUGCGAGCCUUCCUGGCCACAUCACCUUACUUUGCCAUCGUACGCAAGCCGUCCGCGAAGAAUUCCGGUUCAGUUCUCCCAACCCUCACCCACCAAGGCAACCUUCUAGCUGGGGCUUUUACGCGUGUGGCGGUCGGCUUCGUCCUCAACCCAUUCUCUGUUCUCAAGGCCCGGUACGAGAGCAACCUGUAUCACUACACUAGCCUCAACCAGGCUCUCACGUCGCUGGUGAAAGCUGGGCCUUCCGAACUAUUCAAAGGGUUCUGGGCAUCGUCUCUUCGAGAUGCUCCAUACGCAGGACUUUUCAUUCUCUCAUAUGAGAAAAUCAAACAGGAAAUGUCACGUCUGUUCCCGGCAUCGGCCACGCUCCGCAGUCCCCUCAUUCACAGUCUCUCUGCCGCUUCUGCCGGAGCCAUUGCCACGAUGGCAACGCAUCCCUUCGACGUUAUCAAGACUCGCGUCCAGGUACGCAGUCGUGAAGACCAAUACCAAUCCUUCUUUGGCACCGUACGGGCCGUUGUGCGAGAGCGCGGUCUAAAGGGUCUCUUCGACGGUGCCUCUCUGAGGAUGUCGAGAAAGGUGUUGAGCAGUGCUAUUGGAUGGGCGGUGUACGAGGGUAUUCUGAUCAUAUGGACAGAGUCACGAGCAGCAUCUUUGAAAACUUUAUAG